CCUAAUUUCACGGUCGGAUAUUGUUGCAGUCUCUGCUACCGGCCAGUCGCUGCUUAGUGGUCACGACUUCACCACUCCAUAUGACCACAGUAGCCACUGAUGCCGGCCGCCGAAGCAUCCCCCGUCGCACCUCCCGAGUCCGGUUUUGUCAAGAUGGAAGACCGGAAGAGAGCUGCCACAUAUGAGAAUGAUUCGGCCCCUCCCUUGAAGAAACAGGCCACAUCGGUCAAUGGUGGUAAUAAGCCUCAUCCCGAUGCUGAUAUGCCAUGGAAAGACGAUCUUGAGCGAUUCCAGAAGGACGCUAUCUGGCGUCAAAUGCAGGAAUACAAACGUGACAAGGUAUCCCUGGAAGCGAAAUUAAAGGAGUCGGCGAAGGCCACCGCCUACCACGGCGACCAUCUUCGCGUCAUUGAUGCUUGGUACAACCAACUGAUUGACGAAGUCAAACUCCUCCUUGGUAGUCCCGACGAGGAUAGCAAGGAUCGCUCUUCAUUCCAAAGCGCGCUGCAGUUUGAGGAUUUGGAUAAUUUCGAGCAACAUUUGAAGUCUCGUUCUCAUGAUAUACGCGAUAUCAUAUCCCGCCUUGUCGCCAAGUCUCCAACAAGCCCACCCGAGGUCUCGGACCUGCAGUCUCAGCUUGCACGCAAAUUGGCUGAAGAGAAGGCAACUCUUGCGGAGCUUAGCAAAGUGCUAUCUGAAAAGCAGCAGUUAGAAGAAAGCCUGGAAGAGGCUUCCUUACGAUAUAUGGUUGCCGAGAAGAAACUUGAUCGCGCAAGAAGCUUGACUGUCGCCAAAUUAGAGAAGCAAUAUAUACUAGGCGCCCAGCGACCAGGUGGUGAUAGUGCGUCUGGGAAUCGGGAUGAGCCGCCAGCUACAAACGGCGCCACUCCCACGGGUGAACGUACGCCAGAUACUGACGAGACAUACAGCAAGUUGGCAGCCAUUUCUGAAAAGCAGAAGGAGCAGAUACAGAAAUUGGAAGCUGAGAAUGCAAAUCUACUAAGCCAAAUCACGGAGAUAAGUAUUAAAAAAACGAAACUUACGGACGAUGAUUAUGCACAUACAGAUCUGUUUAAGCAGUUGAGAUCGCAAUACGACGAUGUGGUGAAACGACUAAACAACCUAGAGGCGGUUAACGUACAGCUUCGCGAGGAGGCAGCGAAAUUACGGUCCGAAAGAACUGCAUACCGCAAUCAAGUCGACGAAGAAACACAGAUUGUUCUGGCCGAGAAAGAAGCACAAUUAAUGAAAACUGAAAACGAUUUGGCACGGAUACGCAACACACGAGAUGAGCUUCUUGCUGACCAGCAAAUGCGGAAAUCGGCACAAGAGCAGGAGAGGACGGCGUCGCUCAAAAUCCAGGAGCUAGCAGACGCUGGGAAAGCUCAAAUAGCUGCGUUAGAAUCUGAGGUUGAGCGGUUGCGGAUAGAAGUUGGACGAGAGAAGGCGAAACAAGCAGACACCAACGACAUCACGAUCGAGGAUUUGCGCGUCAAAUACGGCAAUCUGGAACGCCAGUACUCGAUGCUCAAUGCGGAACUGGCAUCCAUGCAGACUGCUUGCAAGAAAUAUUCUUCACUGGCAUCUCAAAGAGUUGCCGAGUUCAGCGCUAUGGAAGAAAAGGUGUCUCGCCUAGCGGCGGAGAAGUCAAAGGCAGACCAAAAAUACUUCAGCGCAAUGAAAAGCAAGGAAGCCCGAGACAUGGAAGUUCGGACGUUGCGGAUGCAGAAUUCCAAGAGUUCUGAUAUAGUUUCGCAACUGAAGGAAUCGGAAGCAGCCACGCGGUCUUUACUCGCCAACAUGGAAAAGCAGGUCAGCGAGACCAAGGAAGCAUUAAACAGCAUGGUAAACAAGUACCACGUAUCCCAGCAACAAAUCACAGAGAAUAAUAUCGUGAUGGAGGGUUUGCGAGGGCAGAUCGCAGAGCUGAAGGCACUAUCGGUUUCCAAGGAUUCAUCCCUGGCGUCGACGUCUAGUGCUUGUCGUCGAGCUGAAACACAGGUUGAAGGGCUCAAAGCAUCACUUGCAGAUACGAAGAAAAGUCUGGAGAACUGGAAGAACAAGAGCCUUGGGAACUCGUCUUCCGAGUAUGAGAUGCUGAGGCUCUUUGCACCGUUUGUCGUCGAAACUUCAAGAACACAGCAAUCAAGACAUGCGGACACGUCUUUUGCAGAGAAUGCGUGGAAGAGCGACUAA